AUGGCAGAUGCAGGUGUCAGGUAUGCAUUAGUCACCGGUGGGAACAAAGGAAUCGGUUUGGAGAUCUGUAAGCAGUUAGCUUCCAAAGGAAUUAAGGUGAUUUUAACUUCAAGGGAUGAAAAGAGAGGCCUUGAAGCACUGCAAAUCCUCAACCACUCUGGCCUCUCUCAUCAUGUGGAUUUUCUUCAACUCAAUGUUGUCGACUCUGCAAGCAUCGCGGCUGCUGUCCAAUUCCUCACCACAAAAUCAAAUCUGAACAAUGCAGGCAUACUAGGAGUAGAACUGGAAGGAGAUAUUUCAAUAUUUCAAGAGCUAGUAGAACCAAAUGCUGCUACAGUCUUUGCUAACUCAGAGGUUGAGACGCCGCUGCAGCUUAAAGCAAAAGGAACUAUGAUCCAGACAUAUGAGGCUGGAGAAAAGUGCAUACAAACAAACUUCUACGGUGUAAAGAGAGUGACAGAAGCCCUCAUUCCUCUCCUCCAACUAUCUGAUUCACCAACUAUCGUCAAUGUCUCCUCCAUCUUAGGCCACCUUCGUCUCUUGAGGAACGAGCGUGCAAAAGCUGUGCUGAGCAACGAGGCGGGCCUGACUGAAGAGAGCGUGGAUGGGGUGGUGCGAGAAUUCCUCAAAGACUUCAAAGAGGAGAUUGGAAGAGAGCAAGUGGCCGAGUCACGUGCCGCCUAUAAAGUGUCAAAAGCGGCUUUGAAUGGAUACACGAAAGUGUUGGCUAAGAAGCACGCUGAUUUCGUCAUCAACAGCCUCUGCCCUGGCUUUUCCAGAACGGAUAUUACUAGCAAUCUCGGCGCCAUCAGCGCGGAGGAGGCUGGUGGGAGGGUGGUUAAGUUGGCGCUGCUGCCCCGUGGAGGGCCGACGGGGCUACUUUAUUGA